UCUAACUAAAAUAGUAGUACUAAUUUGUUUUUUCCUCUGUCUCUCUCCUCUCUUUGUCACACUGUUUUUUAAUGCUUUGCUUUUUUCAUCUGAAUUAAACAAACAACUACCAAAAUUUAUAGUUUUUUAAGUUAGUGUGCUGCAUUCUUUUCUCUGUCUCUCUCUCUCCAAUGAUCUUAUCUCCAUUUCUUACAUGUUUUAUUACUUACUACUUAUCUCUCUUUCUUUCUUUCUUCUUCGCCAUUUUUAGUAAAAACUAAGAAAACAAUUCUGUCAUGUCACUUCUUAUUAUUCUCUGCUGAGUCUGCUGCAACUUUCUUGAAAUUUAAAAGGGUUUUUACAAAAAAAAUGAAUUUAGCUGGAGUUCAAGAAUCUUUGGAGUUCUUAUUUUUUCUCAACUGAAAUUCUAUAGAUGUUAUCCAUUUUACACCCAUGGAUCACUUACAUAUGAAGUUAUUGAGGUGAGGUCCAUGAAUGGUAGCCAACCAGGUGAAUCAAGCAACGGUGACCAUCCAUUCAUUAAACAGUUCCUGUUGUUUACUGAAGCCUAAAUCCGUACACGACUUAUCUCCAAGCGUCAUGAAGCCUGCAAAUUUCAAUCUUGAGUCAGAAGAUGAGUCCGAAGUCAGCAACUGCCAAAUGGGUUCAAACUUAUCUGUCCAAGAAAUUCACCCUGGUCCUUCCCUUAAUCUUCAGCAGGAAUCAAUGCCUGUUACUCUUGACUUGACUCUUGGCUUCAACAGCAGUAAUGCCGAGUUGAAAGCAGCCAAUGGAGAGGCGAGUGACGAAGUAGUACCUCAUCCUCCAACAGCAGCACUAUCCAGGAUUUUCUCGUGCAAUUUCUGCAGGCGCAAGUUUUACAGCUCCCAGGCAUUGGGAGGACACCAGAAUGCACAUAAGAGGGAGAGGACUUUAGCAAAGAGAGCAAUGCGGAUGGGAAUGUUAUCAGACAGGUACGCUAGCUUGGCAUCGCUGCCCCUUCACGGAGCUGCAUUUCGGUCUCUUGGCAUUGAAGCACAUGCUUCUGCACACCAACGCGCCUCGCACCAUGAAACGCCUAGUCACGCAAUUAGAAGCGGGGCGAGAUUUGAACAAGGCUAUUUUGGAAUGCCAGUAUUCGUGGAGGAUGAUGAAGUGGAGAUGUUCUGGCCCGGUAGCUUCAGGCAAAUAGAGAGAAUUGGUGGCAAUAUGGGGUAUAAUUCAGGGCAAAGUUCAAGCAUAAAUUUUGUAGCUGUAGCUCCUCAAACUAGGACAGAUCCAACAUUGCCUGAUCUUAAUUUGAAACUUUGAUGGUCUUUUUUUUUUUUUUUUUUCGCAUUCUAUUCUACUUUUUGUAUCAGAAUUUUCAUAAUGGUGGUAUUACAUUAGUGCUCUAUUUGUACAGGAGAUGAAUGUUUAAGAUUGUCUUGAGCUUUCAAUUUUUACCCUUUUUG